GCCAAUGGGAGCGCGGGACUGCUCAGGCCCGCCCCGCUCCUGCAGCCUCGGCGAGACGUGGGCGGGGUCCCCUGCUACUGCAGUCGCUCGCGCCCGCGGGCGGGCGAGGCCGGCGGCCGCGCACACACUAGCAGGCCUAGUGCACACUCCAGAGAGGCAGCGGAGGUGAGGGCUCCAGUCCACUGGGAACCCAGUCCUGCCCAGCAGGCUCAUGGAGCCUGGAGCACGCAGAGCCCUCCUCCCGAGGGCCAGCAGGUUCCUUCUGGACCUGUAGUCUAGCCGCCAUGGCGCACGGUUUCUCGGUGGGUUUCGACCCACUGGGCCUUGGAGACCUAAGCUCUGGCUCUCUGAGCUCCCUCUCCUCCCGAGGCCACCUGGGCAGCGACACAGGCUCCGCAACGCGAUACCUGCUGAGGAAGCAACAGCGGCUGCUGAAUGGGCCCUCCCGCGGAAUCCGAGCCUCAUCUCCCAUGGGCCGUGUCAUCCUCAUCAACUCCCCCAUCGAAGCCAACAGUGAUGAGAGCGACAUCAUCCAUGCAGUCCGGGUGGAGAAGAGUCCAGCAGGGAGGCUGGGUUUCAGCGUGCGCGGCGGCUCUGAGCAUGGCCUGGGCAUCUUCGUCAGCAAGGUGGAGGAGGGGAGCAGUGCAGAGCGGGCUGGCCUGUGUGUGGGGGACAAGAUCACGGAGGUGAACGGGCUGAGCCUGGAGAGCACCACCAUGGGCAGCGCCGUGAAGGUCCUGACGGGCAGCAGCCGCCUGCACAUGAUGGUGAGGCGCAUGGGCCGUGUGCCCGGCAUCAAAUUCUCCAAGGAAAAGACCACGUGGGUGGACGUGGUGAACCGGCGGCUGGUGGUGGAGAAGUGCAGCUCCACGCGGUCAGAGAGCAGCUCAGAGGACGGGGUGCGGCGCAUCGUCCACCUCUACACGACCUCCGAUGACUUCUGCCUGGGCUUCAACAUCCGAGGGGGCAAGGAGUUUGGCCUGGGCAUCUACGUGUCCAAAGUGGAUCAUGGAGGGCUGGCCGAGGAGAACGGUAUCAAGGUGGGAGACCAGGUCCUGGCGGCCAACGGUGUCAGGUUCGAUGACAUCAGCCACAGCCAGGCCGUGGAGGUGCUGAAGGGCCAAACGCACAUCAUGUUGACCAUCAAGGAGACUGGCCGGUACCCUGCCUACAAGGAGAUGGUUUCUGAGUACUGUUGGCUGGACCGACUGAGCAACGGGGUGCUGCAGCAGCUGUCCCAGGCCUCCGAGAGCAGCUCCAGCGUCUCCUCAUACGCCUCCAGCGCCCCCUACAGCUCGGCUGAGGGCUCCAGCUCCCUGCCCUCUGACCGCAUGGAUGUCUGCCUGGGGCCGGAGGAGCCGAGCAGCCGAGGCCCAGGCUGGGGGCGAGCAGACACCGCCAUGCAGACGGACCCCGAUGUGGGGGGCCGCCUGGAGACCUGGUGCAGCGUGCGGCCCACAGUCAUCCUCAGGGACACAGCCAUCCGCUCGGACGGACCCUCAGCCGCCCGCCGCGUUGACUCUGCUCUCUCUGAGUCCCCCAAGACUGCUCUGCUGCUGGCCCUCAGCCGACCCCGGCCCCCCAUUACACGCUCCCAGAGCCACCUGACCUUGUGGGAAGAGAAGAAGCAGCGGAAGAAGGAGAAGUCGGGGUCCUCUGGGGAGAAGGGGGCCCUGCAACGCUCCAAGACACUGAUGAACCUCUUCUUCAAGGGAGGGCGGCAGGGGCGGCUGGGGGACGGGCGCAGAGAGGCCUGGACACUGGAGAGAGGGAGCCCGGCCAAGCCCCGUCCUCGCCUGGACGUGGAGAAAGCAGGGGGAGUGGGACCUGUGCAGAAGUUUGUCACCUGGAGGCUGAGACGCGACCGGGAGCGGGGCCGGGCCCUGCUCUCUGCCAGGUCCGGGAGCCCCUCCAGCCAGCUGCCCAAUGUGGAUGAGCAGGUGCAGGCCUGGGAGAGCCGUCGGCCCCUUAUUCAGGACCUGGCCCGGCGGCUGCUGACGGACGAUGAGGUGCUGGCCGUCACCCGCCACUGCUCCCGGUACGUGCACGAGGGCGGCGUGGAGGACCUGGUGAGGCCCCUGCUGGCCAUCCUGGACAAGCCCGCAAAGCUGCUGCUGCUGCGGGACAUCAGGAGCGUGGUGGCCCCCACGGACCUGGGCCGCUUCGACAGUAUGGUGAUGCCUGUGGAGCUGGAGGCGUUUGAGGCCCUCAAGAGCCGGGCAGUACGGCCUCCUGCCCUGCGACCAGCCCGGCAAGACACACCACCCAAGCGUCACCUCAUCACCCCUGUGCCUGACAGCCGUGGAGGCUUCUACCUGCUGCCUGCGAAUGGCUUCUCUGAGGAGGAAGAUGAUGGGGAGCUGAGGGAGCGGCUGGGGGACCUCCGGGUCUCCCUGGGUACCUCUGCCUCCUGCCACCCUCAUAAAGGGAUCCCCCCUCUCCAAGACGUGCCAGUAGAUGCCUUCGCCCCACGCCGAGGCACCUGCACACCCCCUCCCCAGCCACCCCCCGUUGCCCCCCGGCCCCCGAGACCUAACUGGCUGCUGACAGAGCCCCUGACCCAAGAAGGCCCUCGCCAGAGCCAGAGCCAGAGCCAGAGCCAGGGCCCGGCCCAGAGCCGCAGCCGCAGCCGCAGCCGCAGCCACAGCCGGGGCCGAGGCAAGUCCCCUGGACGCAGGCGGUCCCCAUCCCCAGCGCCUAUCCUCACCCCCAGCAUGGCCAACGGGCGCUACCACAAGCCUCGGAAGGCCAGGCCCCCUCUGCCACGACCUCUAGAUGGGCAGGUAGCCAAGGCGAGAGGCAGUCAAGGGUCCAGCGAGAAUGGACCUGGCAGGACAGCUGAGCAGGCAGCCGCGAAGGCCCCCAGCGGGGAGCUGAGGACAGUCACGCUGUCCAAGAUGAAACAGUCGUUGGGCAUCAGCAUCUCGGGGGGUAUCGAGUCCAAGGUGCAGCCCAUGGUGAAGAUAGAAAAGAUCUUCCCUGGGGGGGCCGCCUUCCUCAGUGGGGCCCUGCAGGCUGGCUUUGAGCUGGUGGCAGUGGAUGGAGAGAGUCUGGAGCAGGUGACCCACCAGCGCGCAGUGGAUACCAUCCGCCGGGCGUAUCGAAACAAGGCUCGGGAGCCCAUGGAGCUCGUGGUCAGGGUCCCCUGGCCCGACCCGCCACCCUUGCCCUCUGACUCAUCAGCACCCAGCGAUCAGCUCCUUCCUCCGGACCAUUCCCCUGCCCGCUGACCCCUGGAUGGUACGCCCGUUGGCUGCCAGAACGUCACAGGGCCCUUCCCAACAAUAUCCAGACCUCUGCCACUGACGCCACACCCCUAGCCCAGUUCCCCCUACAACCUUCCAGACUCCACAUUCUAACCCGGCUCUCCCCACCGAUCUCAUGACUCUUCCCACUGACCUCAGAUCCUCCCACUGACCCCGGAAUCCUCCUGCUCUCCCAGACCUCGCCUACUGACCUUCUGACUCGGGAACCUCCCAGUCCUGCUUGCCUUGCCUACUCCCAGGGCUCCACGCUGGUGGCUCAGACGUCCCUGCCUUCUUCCCUCCCCCAAGGCUCUGCCCUUUCCAGACAAACUCGGUGUCAAGGACAAGGUGCUACUGGGCAGCCUGUGUCACCGACUCGCUGCUCCUAACCUCCCGAGACAGGAAGGUCGAGAAGCACAAGGUCUGGAACUUGGGGUCAGAGGGCACUUCCUCACGAU